AUGUCUGGCACUCAAAAACCUAACAAUGGCUGGCCGGAAGGGGACGCAGUCGUGGCCUGUCUCGACGUGGAGUGCCAUUGUCGAAACCAAUCCUACAAGGAAUUCCAGCAAGGCAUCAGAAAUACUGAGCGGCGCGUCACAGAGAUCGGCAUCGCCUCCUUUGACCCUCGACGACUCCCUCGCGGCCAAGCGGGCGACCGAGGCGUGAAUACCUGGCGCCACAUCAAAGCUUGCAACCUCGCGAUCAAAGAGCACAAGCACGUCAUCACGAAGAAACACCCGUCCUGGUGUCUGACAGGAGAUGCGGUCGCCUUUGACUUCGGCGACACGCAAUGGGUCUGGAAGUCCGCGAUCAAGAAUGCCGUCGUCAGAAAGAUUCGAACCGUCCUUGGAGAUGGCAAGGCCAGUGCUACUGCUCCAUACCACAACCAACGACCUGUCGUAUUUCUCUUCUUCGACACCACCAACGAUGUCACCUGGCUGGAAGGCCUGGGUAUCGAUUUAAAGCGAGAAUUUCCCAACUCCGACACCUACGAUAUCCAAUGCCUUGACCUCGCCAUGAUGCUCGCUCAGCGUCGGGGGCGGGUCCGAGUCAGCGCUCAGAGAGUGUUGGAUUAUCUUGGAUUCGCCACCACCCACAAGCACAACGGUGGCAACGACGCCGUCUACGAGCUGCGAGCCUUUAUUGCGGAAGAGACACUGAGGGGCCAGUUUGACGAUGUUGAACCCCGUGACCUUUACUGGUCGAUGCUCGGUAUGCACGGAGAGGUGUUGGAAUAG